AAACCCAAGCCCAGAGAGUAGACUAUUCGUCGUCUCGUCUCCCUGUCUUCCACCCGAAUCGCCAUGGCUCGCUCCUCCUCCCAGUCCCAGUCCUCCGUCGGCGCCGCCGCCGGGGCCGCCCGCCCUGCCACCGUUGGCCCCCGCGGCACGGCCGCUGCGGCCGCCGGCAUGCGCCGCCGCCGCGCCUCCACCGCCGGCGGCUCCGGGGGCUUCUCCGGUGGCGGCGGGAGCAACAUGCUGCGAUUCUACACCGACGAGGCGCCCGGCCUCCGCCUCUCGCCCACCAUGGUGCUCGUCAUGUCGCUCUGCUUCAUAGGCUUCGUCACUGCCCUCCACGUCUUCGGCAAGCUCUACCGCUCCCGCACCGCCGCCUCCGCCUCCGCCUGAUCCAUCCCCCUUUCUCUUGUUCCCCUACUUUCUCUCUCAUCAGAUCAGAUCGGAUCGGAUCGGAUCGGAUCAGAUGACAUGUUUUUUUUUGUGUAUGAAGAAAGACAAACCUAAGCUUAGUGGAGUAGUAGGGAUAUGGAUCUGCUUGCUGAGUUCUUGCUAGAUCUGCCAACCAAUUGUACCCUACCCUAGUUCAACUUUACUCUUGUUUACCUUGUUUCAGACGAACAAUUGUGGCUAAUUACUCCUACUUGUGCUUGCAAAAUGUGCCUCUUGGGAAUUUUGAUUGUUACAGUGUAGUUACUGUUACUGAAGAUGCUUCUCAAUUCUACUA